AAUUUCCAGGAAUGUAAAAAUGAGCCGAAGCGCAUUUCUCUGAAUCAGUUUUGGCGUGAUGCCAUCUCCCUUAUAGCACUCUCACACUUCUGACUCCUGCCAGUCUGAUUCAAGUAAACACAACCCAAAAAGGGAAUCAUGCACCUGAGCGAAAAUGAAGGCAUCGACGGCAGUACUUUCGUGGUCACCGGCGGUUUGGGCUUCGUGGGCUCCGCACUCUGCUUGGAGCUUAUCCGACGAGGAGCCCGUCAAGUCCGAGCCUUUGACCGCCGAACCUCCUCCCCUUGGUCCCCCCAUCUCCUCAACCAAGGGGUCAACUGCAUCCAAGGGGAUGUUGUUAACAAAAAGGAUGUGGAGAAGGCUCUGCGGGGGGCAGAUUGUGUGUUCCACCUAGCCUCGUACGGAAUGUCGGGAAAGGAAAUGCUGCAAUUCGGGCGUGUUGAUGAGGUUAAUAUCAAUGGAACUUGUCAUAUAUUGGAUACUUGUCUCGAUUUCGGGGUCGAAAGGCUUGUGUAUGUGAGCACAUACAAUGUUGUGUUUGGGGGAAAGGAGAUUGUGAGUGGGAAUGAGGCCCUGAGCUAUUUUCCUAUUGAUAGUCAUGAGGAUCCAUACGGCAGAAGUAAAUCCAUUGCUGAGCAGUUGGUUCUUAAGUACAAUGCUCGUCCCUUUAGGACGAAGAAUGGGAAGUGUCUGUAUACCUGUGCGGUUCGUCCAGCUGCUAUCUAUGGACCUGGGGAAGAAAGGCACCUUCCAAGGAUAGUGUCCCUAGCAAAGUUAGGCUUGAUUCCGUUCAAAAUUGGCGAAGCAAAUGUGAAAACAGACUGGAUUUAUGUGGAUAACCUAGUACUUGCUCUCAUAUUGGCGAGCAUGGGCCUUUUGCAUGACAUUCCUGGGAGAGAGAAAGAAAGACAACCCAUAGCUGCUGGCCAACCAUAUUUUGUAUCGGACGGGUCUCCGGUCAACACCUUUGAGUUCAUCCGACCACUGCUCAGAAGCUUGGAUUAUGAUCUACCAAAGGCUUCAUUGUCUGUACCUCAAGCUCUUCGUUUAGGAAGGAUUUUUUGGGCAGUCUAUACAAUAUUAUAUCCAUGGUUGGACCGAUGGUGGAUUCCUCAGCCGCUUAUCCUUCCUGCUGAAGUAUACAAGGUUGGUGUUACACACUACUUCUCUUAUCUUAAAGCCAAGGAAGAGCUUGGCUAUGCCCCAGUGGUGACUCCUCGGGAGGGCAUGGCUACUACAAUCUCAUACUGGCAGGAGAGGAAAAGGAAAACUCUGGACGGGCCUACAAUAUACGCAUGGCUAUUUUGUGUGAUUGGCAUGGGUGCAGUAUUUUGUGCUGCUUAUUUGCCAGACAUAGGACCUGUACCACUCUUUAGAGCUGUUAGCCUCUUCUUUUUCCGGUCAAUGUGGAUAGUGCGGAUGGUAUUCCUUCUAGCCACUGCAUUGCAUGUUGGAGAGGCUGUGUAUGCGUGGAAACUGGCAAAACGGGUCGAUCCUGCUAAUGCAAGAGGAUGGUUCUGGCAGACCUUUGCUCUCGGGGUGUUUUCACUACGUCUUUUGUUGAAGAAAGCAAAGAAGUAACGCAUGAGCUCCUUAAUAAUGUAUGCCUAGUUCCCUAUAGUGUACUUACACUUGUAAGCUAGUUUAAUUUGUAUGUGGUAUGAUAGAAAAUUGUGUUAAAAGAUUCCUUUGUGACUCCACAGAUAGAAAAUACUUUAUGGUUCAAAUAAGAAGUUGAUUCUCACA